UAAAAAAAUGGAAACAACAGUACCUCGAGGAGUUAUAUAUACAAACAUGACCAAUAAAUCAUGGUCGCCGGCUCUCCGCUACUGAAGUUUAAUUUCCAAUCCCAAAAUUAAUUUCAUAAUCUUUAUCGCAAAAUCUCAAAAAUCUAGGGUUAGGGUUUCUAUUAUCUCUUGAAAUAAUUUCUGGAGAAGCUUCAUUCGUUCAUGGACAGACAUAGAGGAGGAGGAGGAGACAGGUACGGGAAUAGUCCUAACGACUCACAUCCUUACAGACACCCUAGAGGUGGAGGCGGUGGAGGUCCACCACCGUCACGAUCUUCAGAUGAUAUUCCAAUGAAUCGUCACCACGGAGGUUUCUCUGGAAAUCGUCGUCCUUUUGAUAACAGUCCACCUCGUUAUUCUCUUAGCGGUGGUGGUGGUGGUGGUGGCGGCGGGGGAGGUUUUCACCCGAUGGAUGGCGACGGUGGUUUCCGGCCUUUAGGUGUGCGUGGUGCUAGGAGUUACAACAAUCCUUCUUCAGAGUUCGAGGUACCUCUUUCUGGGCAGAAAAGGUUUAAUCCUGAUUACGAGGUGCCUAUGUCGGGCCAGAAACGUCAAUUUCCUUUUCCUGGCCGAGGAGGGCCUUCCCCAGAUCGAUUUGACGGAGGCAAUUUUGAGAAAAGGAACUUCGAUGGAGAUAAUUUUGAUAAAAGAAAUGUUGAUGGAGGCAAUUUUGACAAAAAACCUGCUGAAGGAGGCAGUUUCGCCAAGCUUUUUGUUGGUUCUGUUCCCAAGACUGCAACAGAAGAAGAUAUCCGACCUGUUUUUGAAGAACAUGGAAAUGUUGUUGAGGUUGCAUUGAUUAAAGACAAGAGAACAGGGCAACAACAAGGACAAACGGUGUUCGCCUCUGCAGGAUGUUGCUUUAUUAAAUAUGCCACAUCAGAAGAUGCUGACAGGGCAAUACGUGCCUUACACAAUCAGUACACAUUGCCAGGGGGAAUGGGUCCCAUCCAGGUCAGAUAUGCUGAUGGGGAGCGUGAACGUUUAGGUGCAGUGGAGUUCAAAUUGUUUGUUGGCUCAUUAAAUAAACAAGCAACAGAGAAAGAAGUUGAACAAAUUUUUUUGCCUUAUGGUCGUGUUGAAGAUGUCUAUCUCAUGCGCGAUGAAAUGAAACAGAGUCGUGGAUGUGGAUUUGUUAAAUACUCAAAUAGAGAUGUGGCAAUGGCAGCUAUUAAUGCUCUGAAUGGAAUUUACACAAUGAGAGGUUGUGAACAGCCAUUAAUUGUUCGAUUUGCGGACCCUAAAAGACCUAGACCUGGGGAAACAAGGGGAACUCCUUCAUUUGGUGGCCCCGGGUUUGGUCCUCGGAUGCAGCCCCCAGGAAUUAGACCAGCGAAUCCUGGGGAGGCAGCAAUGCAUGGUAACGCAUGGCAUCCUGGUGGUGAUGUUGGUGGUUUGAACAACCAAAUGGCAGCAGCUAGAUCUGGUGAUGCAAAAGUGUUGCAACUUUCAUCAUCGCCUUUAAAAAAGCCAUCAAAUCAAUCACCACAGCCUCCAUCAUCCAACACCAUGAGACCAAUUGGUCAACAACAACAACAAGUAGUACCCAAUUCCAGUGGUCAUUUCAACACAAUGUUACCCCAUAAUCAGUAUCAGGCGAGUUACCAGUCGUCUCAACAAGCCUUCUCACAGCUUCAACAGCAACUGCAACUUAUCACACCUCAGCAGAAUCUUCAACCUGCUCCUCCUCCUGCUGCUAGAUUGCAACAACCUAAUUCAGCUCCGCACAUGUCAUCCUUGAAAUGUAACUGGACUGAGCACACAUCGCCUGAUGGAUAUAAGUACUACUACAAUAGUACAACUGGCGAAAGCAAGAAGCCUCAAGAACAACAGCAACAACAACAGCAGCAAACUCAGAGUCUUUCACACAGUCAAGGUGGUGUUCCACAUCAGCAAACUCCAAGUCUUUCACACAGUCAAGGACAUCAGCAAAUGCAAACUCUCACUCAAGGUGUGCCACAUCAGCAAACUCAGAUUCCACAGUUUCAGAAUCAGAUGCAACUGCAAGCACAGGGGCGACACCCUCAACACUUGCAAAAUCCCACUCACUCUACACUGUAUCAAAAUGCUGGGGUUGCAGGCCAUCAAAAUAUUCAGGGCUUUGGGUAUGGACAAAUUCCAGUGGGUGGUGGUUCCAUGAAUGAUUCUGCACAACGCUUUCAGCAGGGGAUGCAGGGAGGCCAGGACUGGAUGUGGAAAAAUAAAACACCAGGUCCAGGCAGUUAGGCAAUUUGAAGAAAAUUGUUGACUUUUAUAGAUUUAUUUGCUUGUCAUCGAUCUUGUAACAUAACUAUUACCAUUAGGUUGUUUUUUUUUUUUUUUUUAAAAUGAUCUGUUAUGGAUCUUUAUAGAUUUGUAGUGUUUGAGCUGUGAUGAUUUCUUUAAAUUUUGACCGUGCUUGAAACUUGCAUCAUAAAUCCGGAGACUUUGGGC